GAUAAUACAACUGAAAAAAUAAACAAUAUUUUCCUAAAAUAUAAUUUAAAAAUUAAAUUAAAUUAAUGUUUAUACAAUAUACCUAGUAAUUGCUUUAGUUUUCACUGGGCUAGUGUAAAGUCGCUCAAAAUAAGCACUGAAAAUGGCCCAAGGUAAAUUAAAAGUAAAAACAAAAUUACCAUCAACAGUAAAAGAAAAAAAUAAAAAUAAGAAAAAUUUCGCUAUUCAACGACGAAAUAAUGCACCAAUUCAGCCUAAAAAGAAGAAAUUUGAAGAAGCACAUAAAUUAAAACAAAUGAUAACAAAAACAGUUAACAAAGCAAUGGAAGAUGAAUUGAGAGAGAAAGCUUUAGAAGGAAAGAAAUCUCUUACAAAAAAAGAUUCAUCUAUUUUAAAAAAAAAUUAGGUUAUUCAAUGUUAAUAUCAAAAAAGAAUAUUUUUUUUAAUUUUUAUUUAAAAUCAUAAAUAUAGAUGU